GCCAAAGUUGAUCACACAUCAAUUGUUUCUGCAACAUGAAACUAUUUGGCAUAUUCUUGUUAUUCACUUUGCUUCUUCUGACUUGGGCAGCACCCUUGCCUGAGGAAGAAAAUACUCUUCCAGCUGCUGAACCUUCAACUGAUCCUUCCAGUGCGGAGCCAGUAGUGGAUGACGAUGCCGAAGCUCCUGUCGAAGAAGAGGAGGCUCCAGUAGAUGAAGCUCCAGAAGAGGAAGCCCCAGAAGAGGAAGCUCCAGAAGAGGAGGCUCCAGUAGAGGAAGCUCCAGAAGAGGAGGCUCCAGUAGAGGAAGCUCCAGAAGAUGAGGCUCCAGAAGAGCAGGCUCCAGUAGAGGAAGCUCCAGAAGAGGAGGCUCCAGUAGAGGAAGCUCCAGAAGAGGAGGCUCCAGUGGAGGAAGCUCCAGAAGAGGAGGCUCCAGUGGAGGAAACCCCAGAAGAGGAGGCUCCAGUAGAGGAAGCCCCCGAAGAGGAGGCUCCAGUAGAGGAAGCUCCAGAAGAGGAAGCUCCAGAAGAGGAAGCUGAAACACCAACUGAUGUCAUUGAACCACCAACCGAUGUUGAAGAACCAGCCACCGACGAUUCAGAGACACCACCAGAAAAGCCAAACAAAAAACCCAAGAAGCCUAAGAAGCCAAAGAAGGCCAAGAAACCAAAGAAGGCCAAGAAGGCCAAGAAACCCAAGAAGCCUAAGAAGCCAAAGAAGCCCAAGAUGCCCAAGAAGGCAAAGAAAGCCAAGAAACAGGGAUACUAUAAAAUUAUCGGCAUGAAGUUCCCGCAAUUAUUUUUAUUCGUUAUAAUUGCUUUCGCCGCCAUAAGUCAGUUAGCGGAAGCAGCUGAAGAUGACGCCUCAGAAAGCAGUAGUAUAGCACCAUCCACUGAAGCAUCUUCCACAGAAGCUUCGGAAAGUACAACUGAGAGUACCACGCCAUUGGAUACAAGUUCAGCUGCAACAGAAGAACCGACUACGGAAAAUACCACAACAGAUGCAACAACGGAAGAAGGAUCAACACCUGCCGAAGAAAGUACCACUCCAACUCCAGAAGAUAGUAGCUCAACGCCUGCUGAGGAAAGUUCCACUGCAGCUCCCGAUGAGAGUAACUCAACGCCUGCUGAAGAAAGUACCACUGAAGUACCCGCUAGUACCGAAGCUCCAGACGAAGAAGAAAAACCAGAAGAAACUCCUGAUGAGGAGGCUGCUGACGAAGGCGAAGAUGACCCUGAAACGAAGGAUGAUACUGCUGAGGAAAGUGAAGAUACUGCUGAGGAAGAUGAGGAAUCAACAACACCUGCUUCAGAGCAAUCAACAACAGGAAAACCUACAGAAAUGACGACAGAAUCCGGCGAGGAGGAAUCUACGGAAUUGACAACGGAAUCCUCAGAGAAAACAACCGAGGCACAAGAAGAGGAUGCUGCGGAUGAGAGCACUUCCACAACCACAGCAGAAACUAGUUCCACUGAAGCUACCUCCACCGAUUCAUCUACAACUGAAGAUAGUACAACAGAAGCUAGCUCAACGGAAGCUAUUUCAAGCACAGCUGAGGAUAGUACAAGUGAAGGUAGUUCAACAGAAGUUACUUCAACUGAAGCAACCUCAACCGAAGCUACUUCAACCGAAGCUACCUCAACCGAGGCUUCUUCAACCGAAGUUACUUCAACUGAAACUGCUGCCACCGAAGCUAUUUCAACUGAAGCUGACGAAACUACUACACCCGCACCAACACCACCAACGAAGCCACCAAAAAAACCAACUCCGAAGCCAAAACCAAAACCAAAGCCGCCAGUGAAAAAACCAAACAAAAAGAAACCAAAGAAAAAACCGGCUAAAAAACCAAACAAAAAGUCGAAGAACAAACCCAAGAAGAAGGCGAAGAAACCGAAAAAGAAGCCAGCCAAAAAACCAGAGAAACCCAAGGCCAAGAAGCUCAAUAAGAAUAAGAAGAAGCCCGAUGCAAAAAAGGCACCUAAGGCGGAACCAAGGAAAACCAUUGUACAGGAGAUAUUUUCAAUUUUCUUUUGAAUCAUCACGAAUAGGUUGAGAAAAAUUAAACAACAUUCCUUUGCUGUUAUAUAUCCGAUAAGGAUAUUUUUGAAAAUUAAAUUUUAAUUAUUUACAUAAAAGUAGCACAGGGCCUCUAUUCUUUUACUAU